AUGUCAAUUUCAUCGAACUCGUCGUUCGAGUAUAUCACGGAUGAUGAUGACGUAGGAAACUGGGAGACGAAAUUGAGAGAUGAGGAUUCUGGAGACUCGGAUAUCGAGGGCCUGGAAGUAAUCGGGUCUGAUGAUUCAGAUUUCUCUGAAUCUGAAGACACCAAAGAUGCAGUGGUUCCAAAAAGCAUCUCCAAGCCAACAGGACAAGUCAAGAAACGAGAUGUGUACAUAGAAUUCUUCAUAUUUUUCUUCUCGGCACUUUUUCUUUGGGCACUCUUAGUCAUUACUAAACCACUAAAACAAGGCAACAUCUACGAAGCCUUAAAAUACGUUGACUCUGAGAAAAGCUCAUUUGAUGUCGAGACCUGGACACUCAAGAUGGAUCACGAGAACGCCCGAGUUUCCCACGCACUGAAACUUCACGAAGCCAUCGAAAAAUUCGAUGGAAUGACUUUUGAUGAGAAGCAACGCAUGAACAAGUGGACUCCCCUUCCAGCGAAAUUCAUUGGAGUCAAAGCGUUUUUGGAAUCUAUCGGACAGAGUGGGACAGCCACCGAAGAAUUUCUCUACCGUAGCACCCCUCGAUUCUUUAAUCGGCCAAAGAAUCCAAGAUUCGAAGAUAUCGAGUUUGUUUUGGACAAUUUCAAGAUUUCCACGUACACCGAGAGUGUGAACAUCUUAAGCUUGGAGUUCUUCAAAGGAGCACAACUGGAGAUUUGCGAGAAGUACAGAGAUAAGAUAAUCAAAAGAGUGUACUAUGUGAAGUCUGAAGAUUUGCUCUCAUUGCUUGACUAA